AUGGGAGGCUUUGAGGGUCAUCUGUACCCGGGGCUGUCUCUCUUCUUCUAUGGACUUUAUCAUGCACGACUAGUCUCCAGGGCCUUAAUAUGCAACUACCCUGUCCAAUAUCUGCCACACCAUCCCUGGAGCAAAGGAAAAUGGGCAAGACUGCAGCAAAUAUACUAUGUUGGGCUGGUGAAGAUAUUAAGUGCCUUCAUUUUAGCAGCCCAAGAGCUACAUAACAUACAUGGACAGUUUGUACUUAUCAGCAAGAUAUAUCAUCAGAGAAACUUUUUGUACCGGAAACAGUGGCAACAUCUCACUCUAUAUAUGACCUUCUUCCUGAGCGGGUGUGUGGAUGUGGUGAGCCAGAACUUGCUGCCCCAGAGGUGUGCUGCUCUGGAGCAAGGUGCCCAAGCCCUGGGCAUGUGUCUGUUUCUGCCUCUGCUGGUGUCUCACAUGCAGGACUCAGAAGGUGUGGAGCUGCAGUCUCACAUCCUGUUCACUCAGGCCAUAUUCCUGCUGGUGCUGGUAGUGAUUGCAGAGCUGUGGGCUCCCAAUAUGCUGCAGCUUUGGGUGAUGAAGGCCUUUUUUUAUAUGAUGACAGGCUCUUGGCUGAUUCAGAUAGGCUUCAUGCUGUACAAACCAAUUUCUGGCUACAAAUGGAUGGAUGAUGACAAAAACAACAUUAUAUUUGUCACCACUUUCUUCUGCUGGCAUGUGGCUUUCAUUGCCAUUUUGAUGAUCUGGGUCUAUGGCUUCUCCUUUUUGUGGUAUUGUUACAUUUGUUGA